AUGGGAAGGUCUUUAAAAACUACUAAGAAAAUUAUGUCAUAUCAUGACUUAGUUGAAAUGAUUAAAAAGGGGGCUAUUGUUUUUGAGAAAGAAUUUAAAACUAUUCCAACAAAAGAAUCUGCUUUGAAAACGUAUAUAAAAAAGUUAGAAAAAGAAUUAAAUAGUAUGUAUGUUUCAUUAAAUUUCCAAAUUAAAAUUGACUCUAUUGAAGACCAAUUGAAUAUGAUUGAUAAUAUUAUUCAUAUAUGGAGCAUUUUACUUAAUAUAAUAAAAGAAGUAGAUCAAAUGAUAAUACCUCAUAUUUUUUAUAAGUUUAUUAUUAUGUUGGUUAAUCGAAGUGAAGUACAACCACAUCACCUUCUUGUAAAUAAUCCCUCUCUUAAAGAAUCCAAUAGAAAUGAAUUUUUAAUAAGAGCAAUAGACCUAAGAAAAUUAACGUAUGAAACGUUUUUUUGUAUUGGAGAUAUAUUAACCUCAAAACAAUUUACAUUAUUUGCCUCAAUGAAACUUGUCUUAAAACCAAAGAAACCAUCAACAGAAAGUAUAGAAGAAUCAAAAGAGAAAAAGAAAAAAAAAGAAGAACCAGCAUUUUCAAAUGAAUCAAUUAAGAUUAGUGUAAAGGAAUACAAAGAUGGAAAAAUAAAUAUCAACGAAGAUAGUUUUGAAAUAGAAAAUGAAGGUAAAGAAGAAGGUAAAAAUUUAACUCAAAAAGAUAUUAUCGUUAAUGAGAUUGAAGCCAGUUUAAAAACUGUAGAAGGGAAUACUGUUUCUAUUAAUGAAGAAAGAAGACAGUCAGUAUUAUCUCGAGUUUUGAUUAAACCAAUGGAAGAUGUUGAAAAUUCAAAAGAUGAAUCUAUGACAAAAAAACAAAAACAAUUUUCAUCCCAACUUGGGGAAUCAAUUUUUGUUGAAGAUGAAUUUUUUUGUGAGAACAAUGUAUCACCAUUAUUUAUUCAAUUCUUUCCACAUUACCUUGCAUUUAUGUUCUUUCAAAUUCCAGAAUUUCGGAGUCAAUUAUUAAAAAUAGUUAAAGGAACAAAUACCAAUCUUAUAGCAUUUUCAAAAUGUAUGUCAGAAGAAGAAGUAAUGGAAGUUAAAAGAAAGUUUCCAAGAAUUUUUGGAUUUGAUGAAAUGGAAAGAAUUAUUAAAUCAAUUAGUAAAGAAGAUAUAAGUGAAAAAUUUAAGAGAAUAAAUUUAAAUUGGAUAAAUUUAUUAAGUCCAAAUAGUGAUAUUUUUAUGUCUUUCUAUUUCAAUUAUAUUAAAUUUAUUUAUUUUACCAUUAAAGGACAAGAUGAUUUUAUUGAUUAUGGUGAAAUUUAUGGAUUAGAAGAAUUUAUUAAUUCAUAUGUUUGUCAGAGAUUAGAAUUUCCUAAAAAUCAUUCUAUCUCUAUUAUGAGUGAAAAUGAUAAAAGAAGUUUACUUAUAGACUAUCCCACUGUAGUAAAUUAUAUGAUUGAACACUUAUUUGAUAUUACUAAUAGAUAUGAUAUUAGUCAAUGUGAUCUUGCUGUAAGUUUAUUAGGAAAAUGGUUUAAUAUAUUAAUUGAACAUAAACGAAUGAGUAAUGAACAAUUUGAAAUUGAAGUGUUUAUUGAAGGAAUUAAUAAAAUAUUUGAAACUGACCAUUAUCAAUUAAUAAUUAAUACUUUAUCUAUGUUAUAUGAUGCAUCAUUUUUCUUUAUUGGUAAAGCACGACUAUUGUUAUUUAAAGAUUUAUUGAUUGAUAAAUGGUUUAUGAAAUUAUUUAACCAUUGGAAUAAUACUGUUAGACAAAUCUUUCAUCAUUUUAUAUUGUAUAAAUUCUUAUUUAUAAGAAGGUCUCAUCUUAAUUGGAGUAAAUUUGAUAAAAAUGAAUCUUCUCUAAUAAAAAAACAAUUAAAACGUGGUGUUAAAAUGGAAGAUAUUGAUCGGAUUAUUUUUGAUAGUCUUGAAGAGAAAUUAAAUGAAGUUAAAAUGAUUAUUGGUGGUGAUACAACACUUCCUUAUUCUUUUCUUAAACUUUAUUGUCAAUCUUCAAUUAUUGAAUACCAAAAUGCUUUACGUUUGUAUAUUGAUUGGGAUAAGGCUAAUCUUAAAGAAGUACCCAAAACAUGUUCUCCAUUUACUGAAUUUGAUUUGGAAACUUUGACAUAA